CCACUUCUUUCUUCAUUCUCCUGUCUUCUUCAUAUCCAACAUCGCUUUAUCUGCUUGUGUACUCUCUUUUUCCCUUCAAAACCUUUUUCUCUGUGAUCUCUUUCUUGUGGUCCAUUCCUCUUUCUAAUCUUAUAACAAUACAGAUUUCUCCUUUACAUUUCUUAUUCUUCUGCUUCAUAAUUUCUCAAGAAGAAAGAAACCGCCAUACAUUUCAGAGAUAUGUCGAGCAGAAGGUCGAGGCAGUCGACAUCGAGUUCUAGGAUUACCGAUGAUCAGAUCAUUGAACUUGUGUCCAAAUUGCAGCAACUUCUGCCCGAGAUUCGCGAUAGACGCUCCAAUAAGGCGUCAGCAAAUAAGGUACUUCAGGAGACAUGCAACUACAUUAGAAGUUUGCACAGAGAAGUGGAUGAUCUGAGUGAGAGGCUAUCACAGUUACUCUCUACCAUAGAUGCCGACAGUCCAGAGGCUGGGAUAAUUAGGAGUUUAAUAAUGUAAUUAUCAUUAUUAUUAUUAUUAUGAUGAUGAUGAUGUACUAGGUGGCAAUAAUUUAUCAGGUAAUUAUUUAAGGAUUUAGCUAGCUAGCUAGCUAGUUCUAAUUCUCCUAGGUCUGGCCCCUAUAUAUCUAGGCCAAUCAGGCAUUAUUACCGAAUUAUUAGAUUUUAUGUCUCUGGAAAUUCAUAUAUGUUGUAUUAGUAAUUAAUUAGUGUUACUGUUUAUGUGUAAUCUAUCUAGCAAUUAAAAAAAAAAAAAAAUCAUCUCCUUUUCA